AUGCUCCCGAUCGCAUUGCUCUUCGUGUUAUCAUUAUUCGGACUGUCGGAUACUAGACCUCUGAAGGACCGAGGUCUCAUCGACAAUGCUGCUGGACAGACUUAUGACUACAUUGUCAUUGGGUGUGGUGUCUCUGGUCUCGUCGUCUCCUCACGGUUAAGCGAGAGUGAAGAUAUCACAGUCUUGUGCCUUGAAGCAGGGGCAUUGGAUCAUUAUGAGGACGAGAUCCAGAUCCCAUAUUACAUCGGCCUCCAGCCAGAUGGGUUUUACGAAUGGGGUAUAUACACAACACCUCAGGGGCAACUCGACGGUGUGAGCCGCCAUAUCCCUAUGGGUAAGGGCGUUGGAGGAGGCUCGCUAAUCAACGGCAUGGUCUGGAACCGAGGUAAUCAGCAAAGCUUCAAUGCUUGGAACGACCUUGGAAACUCAGGCUGGGGUUGGGAAUCUCUUCUUCCAUAUUUUGAAAAGUCGGAGACAUAUACUCCUAAGAACUAUGCUGGUAGGGAAGUACAACCAGUCCUUGAAAAUUCAGCAGUCCACGGCACAAGCGGACCGAUUCAAGUUUCAUACCCUAAUUACUACUGGCCACAGACUGAUAACUGGUUCAGCGCCUUACAAGAAAUUGGCAUUCCCACAUCGGCGGAGCCCAAUCAAGGUCUCUCUGCUGGGGGUUACUUCUUGCCACUGGAUAUCGAUCCGAACAACCAAACUCGCUCGGAUGCACGACGCGCCUACUACGACCCGAAUAUCCAGCGCAACAACUUCAACGUCCAGCCUUAUUCGCAAGUUACCCGAAUCAUCUUCGAACAGGGCGACGAGCUGACGGCUACGGGGGUCGAAUUUGCUGCUGGACCAUCCUCGCCACGACAGACAGCUUUCGCCAGUAGGGAGGUCGUUCUGUCGGCAGGCGCGAUUCAUAGUCCUCAGAUCCUCGAGCUUUCAGGAAUUGGCCAGAGCUCCAUCCUCGAAGGCCUCGGUAUUGAGGUCCUAGAAAACCUACCCGGUGUCGGUAAUAACCUGCAGGAUCACGGCAUGAUUCACCUAGACUACUCCUACACGAACCCUGAUAUCAUGGAUGUCGAAGAUUUCGCGACCAACUCCCAGUUCAAUGAUGACUCUGCCGCAGAGUAUUACAGCAGUAAGACUGGCCCAUGGACAGCUAAGCCGAGUUGUGCCGUUGCAUUUCCUUCUUUGGAGCAGACCGCAGCAGAUGCAGCAGGCAUGAUAUCUGCUGCGCGCUCUGCAGCAUACAACUUACCGGACACGUAUGCAAACGAACCAACGCUCCAGCGUGGGUAUGAACAACAACUCGAUAGUGUUCUGGGCGAACUCGCUUCUGAGAAUAUCCCGGCGUUCGAAAACCUGAACAACAAUGCUGGUGGGCUGGAUCUCGCACUCAUGAGACCCCUAUCCCGCGGUACCGCACACAUCACAUCCACUGACCCAUUUGCGCCACCCAACGUCGAUCCCCGAUGGCUGGUCCACCAAUUCGACUACGACGUGAUGAUCCUCGCGAUGCAGGUGAACCAGAAGAUCCUAGACACGGAUGCAAUCCAAGCUCUGCAGCCAUCGUACGCGCAGAUUCCUCGUGACGCCAACACCGACCAACUAGGGGAGAUCUUACGCGUUGGCAUUGGCACCGAAUAUCACUAUUCCAGCACGACAGCUAUGCUACCGCUAGACAUGGGUGGCGUGGUCAGCGACCAGUUGAGGGUGUAUGGGACGUCGAACCUCCGAGUUGUCGACACGGGGAUUUAUCCCAUGGUGCCAGGCGCACAUCUGCAGGCUGUGGCAUAUGGGGUGGCGGAAAAGGCGGCUGACAUGAUCAAGGCGGAUCAGUAA